GAAAACUUAGGUAGUAACAGGAAAUGGUAUAGCCUCAGAAGCUGCUGUGUGCUGUUAAGCUGGACAAACUGGAGAUGGAGUCUAGAAAGUUACUGAUGAGAAGGCAGGGCACUAAGAGAGAUGACACUGGUGUCAACACUGACGUCUCUGAGCAGAUCACACUCUCACCCCUCUCACCUCUCGCCAGACUGUACAUUUACGCCCUGCACGGGUGCCUCUGUGAAGUGGCGUUCACAGCAGCCUGGGAUUGGUACUACACCCGUGACCACAGACUCGCGGGCCACACAAGUCUAUGGGCGCUUCUUAUUUACAGCUCUGCCAUCUUCUCAAUGGAGGGUUUAAGUGCGAGGCUGCAGCGGAAACACUGCCCCCUGCCAGUCAGGCUGACUGUUUACACUCUCUUCAUCUAUCUUUGGGAGUUUAGCUGGGGGUUUCUGCUCAGGCAAAUCGGGGCCUGUCCAUGGGACUAUUCAGAAUUCAGGUAUAACUUCAGAGGACUGGUGACGCUCGAAUAUGCCGUUCCCUGGGCGUUGGCGGCACUUAUAGCUGAAAAACACGUAAUCAGGAACACUUUGAUGAUAAGGCUAGAUAAGUAGUCAAUAACAGAUAACUUACUGCACAUGUAAACAGAAAAUGUUCAAAAUCUUUGACUUUGUAUUGGGAUAGCGUGUCAAGUAGGCCUGAUAAAUGCUACAGUUGGGUUUCAGAAAUAAAAAUUUCAUUCAUUUCCUCCAUGGGAAAAUUGAUUAUUAAUUAUAACUCAUUAAGACAGAUCUACUGUCAGUUACAAGAUUGUUAAUCAGUGGUAUAUUCUGUUGUUUGAGGGGCUGUUUACACAGAACGCGUGUUUGCGUCUAAAAAUGAGUGACGCAGCGCUCAGGAAUGGUGUUUAAAAAAGUGCAGCACAGAGUUGCCAUGCCAGCUUGCUACUAUAAACAAAAGCUUGCCCCGCCUUCAGGGUCUUCUGAUCGGUCCAGUGUUGUGGAACUUUCAUUGAUGAGCAGCGCUGAGUGUAAACAUUGAAA